UGGCUCAGGCAAAACAAUAGAGUAUCAUGGUCAAGCAGGUGUGCUGAUUGACCAGAAUGGGAAAGCUCACCAAAAUGACCUGUGGAUGAGUCGUGACGCAAACCUGAUCAACAUCAAGCUUGAGUGUGUCAAGGUCAGAGCGAGAUUAAUAUUAUGUGCACUACUUGUUAUUGGUAACACAUACACUACUAAUUAUUUUAUGAAGAAUUCAUUGUUAAAAUUGAAUCUUUAUUGUAUUCUAGGGCACUAAUCAUAAUAUAUAAAAUGUUGGACCUAUCAGUGUUAACUAUUUUCUUGAUCAAGCAUCACAUUUAUUACAUAUGAUUUGUAAUGUAGUACACUAUUUUCCAGUGCUUGAACUUUGCUUGACCUUAAUUAGAUCCCUAGCAGACGUCAGGGCUUGUUGCGGGGGUGGCCUAUUCGUUUGAUGUAUCUUGCUUACCACCGCCUUUCCAAUUAAACAUGGUUAGGAUUUCUCCUAGUAUUUUGUAGAAUGUUUGCGAUUGUUCUAGAAAUGUAAACAAAUGCUGAGUAGCUUCUGGAAGUCAGGGCUUACGCGUCGGUAGACCCCUAUAUAUAAAGGGAUUGACAGGCAUAUUGGGACGAGAGAUUCAGAUAGAUAUAUUUGAACUUCACGAGACGUGUAUCAUUCUUUGUGUACUUAUGUGUUUAUUCGCUUUCGUCACUGUACAUUAUUAAUUGGCACAUUGUACUAACUGUCUUAACUGUGUACCGGUACAAGAUCUACCAUACUGUAAGUUGAUGAUUUGUAAUGAUAUUUCUUUUGUUUUUGUAAUCGUAUUAUUAUUAAAUUAAAUGUUAUUAAUUGUAAUUGGUACUAUUUUGGGUGUCGUAAUUUUAAUAUUGUAUUUAUCUAUGGUAUCGUCCUUUGUUAGGCCCUGUUUGAACGAGUCAUAAAUUUAUAUAGGAGAUUAAUUUCUCAUAAGAGAAGCCAGUGCGUAACAUAAUUUCUUUCAUUAAAUUUUCAUACUUGAUCAUUUUUGAGUCAAUUUAGAGUGCUGGACAUGAAAGUUCAACAAAUAUUUAAUUUAUAGCUUGGACAGCGUGUGAGGGUUGUAAUAUUCUUGAAAGGCCUGGAAUGUCUGAGUGAAGAGGUUGAUGGAUGGCACAUGAAACUGGACCUCAACUCUGAGAAACCUGGAACAUACAUUAUACAUACUCCUGGCAUUAAGGUGAGAACAUACAACAUACAUGCACCUGGCAUUAAGGUGAGAAUGAUACAUGCACCUGGCAUUAAGGUGAGAACAUACAACAUACAUUCACCUGGCAUUAAGGUGAGAACAUACAUCAUGCAUACACCUGGCAUUCAAACCAUACAUAAGGCAUUUAAGGCAGUAAGGAUCAGGAAAAAAAUAAUUUUUAUGUUAUGAAACUUACUAAACUAAUGUAUGUUAUGUUUAAUAUUACAUAUUUAUCAGAUGAAUCUUAAUAAUAUAUGUGAAUAAUUUAUUUGAAUACCAGCAUAGAUGUCAAUAGCUAACAUGUAGCCAUACUCUGAAUAUCAUUUUAGAAUUUCAAGAUUUGUAAUUCCCAUAUAAGAUACUUUAUGUGCCAUUACUCAUUUUUUUUUUUAAAAGGAUUUUUUGAAUGUGUAAACAGGAUUUAUGCAUCAUUUACUGCUGGGUGAUAUUUGUAAUUUUUUUUUUUAACAUUUCAUGUAGUAUGUCAGUCAAAAGUAUCUGGAGCACUGUCACUGACAGACAUCUCGUGAUAGCAAAUUUGAAAAUCUGCUUUUUUUUAAUUUAGAAAAAAUAAUGUCCCAAUUUGAAAAAAAAAUCAUUUAAUAAUUUAGGAAGCUUGGCAACUCCAAGACAACAAAUUUAAUGUUGGAUCAAUUUUGGAAGUAGCAGAAGAUGGAAACACAUCUCAUCCUGCUGUUAUAUUGGAGAAAUCGGAUCAAGGCUACCUCAAAUUAGGUCAGAAACUAACUUAAAGCAGGGAUCAGUAGCAGAGGCUUUAUUAGUAGAGAUUGUAUUAGCAGAGGUUUUAUUAGUAGAGAUUGUAUUAGCAGAGGUUUUAUUAGUAGAGAUUGUAUUAGCAGAGGUUUUAUUAGUAGAGAUUGUAUUAGCAGAUGUUUUAUUUGUAGAGAUUGUAUUAGCAGAGGUUUUAUUUGUAGAGAUUGUAUUAGCAGAUGUUUGAUAAGUAGAGAUUGUAUUAGCAGAGGUUUUAUUAGUAGAGAUUGUAUUAGCAGAGGUUUUAUUAGUAGAAUUUUCAGAUUUUUUAUUUAAUAAUUAUAGGGGAUUUAAUUAUUGCUCUUUCUAAAAAUAAUUUUACAAAUAAUAGGUGUAAAAGAUAUGGAAAUUAUCUAGAUGCCAUAUUGUUCGUAGAGAAAAGCUGAAAUUAAUGUGUUAAAAUGUGUGGGCUGACACAGCAUUUUGUGGAAUUAAUUUUUUUUACAAAAUUCCCCUGAGAGAAAUUACUUUUAAUUUUUUGUUAAUGAUAGGUUUUUAUUUGUUUUACUCAAUAUUUUACUGUUUGAAAAUUCAAAUAACCAAUUACAGCAUAAUUUCUGAAAGAAAGCUUAAGUUUGCCAUUAGUUUGAAAUGACAUGUUUUGAAAUGACAAGUUUUUAAAUGAACUUUCUUUAAAUCUAACAUUUUACUGCAUCUCCUCUCAAUUGAAGAUUUUAAUGUGUCUGUUUCUUUUUUAAGAAAUCAAUGGCCAGCAGAGGCAGUAUGUCUUCACCAGCCCCCAACUGAUGCCUGUUGGUACAACUCAAGCUUUGGG